CUUUGAGCUCUAGCACCAUGCGUGUCUUGGAGAUAAAGCUUGAUGUGUGUCUUUCAGCUCAAGCACCAUGCGUGUCUUUGAGAUCAAACCUCAUGCGUCUCUUUGAGAUCAAGCCUAAUGCGUUCUUUAAGAUCAUGCUCCAUGCGUGUCUUUGAGAUCAAACCCAGUCAGAAAGAUGAGGGAAAGGCAAAAGGGAAAGGCAAAGGGAAGCCCACCGCAGGUCCUGCCCUGCUUACGUCACUGAGGAAACGGGGAAGCCGACGACUGAAGGCGCGAUGAACAAGAAAAGCAACAAGCAGCAAAAAAGUGAGCGAGAAGCAGCACAGGAAAUGAGGUGCAGCAUUGGCUUCGGCUAUCUGUUCUCCUACUAUUUACUCCAGUUCUGUGGACACACAUGGAUCUUUUCCAACAUGACCGCCAGAUUUCUCUCGUUUGGAUUGGAUGCUUUAGCUGGCACAUUUUAUUUUGUGGGAGUGAUGAUGAGCAUGUGCCAGCUUUUGUCAGUGCUGGAGCUUUUCCACAUUGCAGAUGGAAUAGAAGAGAGUCAACUCCUUCCUCGGCUUGUCCAGGUGAUUGAGAGAAAUUUCCUUCUAUUCCUAAUCAUCAGUCAAGAGGAGUUUCAAAGUAAAACAGUAGUGUGUGUGCUGUUUUAUCUGUGGAAUAUCUUACACCUGAUAAGGAAUCAGUAUUUUACAGGCGUUGCCAUAUUACGAGUCACAAGGCACAUAUUCUGUCCAGCUGAAAACACCUGUCUCUAUCUAUGUACAUUUCCCAUACCUGCUAAUGGCCUACCUCCCUCUGUUGGCAGCAGGUUCUGGCUUUACAGUACGAAUCUUACUCAAAGAAAGGAGUCAGUCUCUUGACAGCUGGAAUAAGAAGAUGAAAAGGGGCUAAAUGAAGAAGAAAUUUAUGCCACUUCUACAUGAUUACCGCACAAAAUAAUGUAUGCACAAACUAAUAACUUUGUUGAAGUUAGAAGGACAUGAUUCCAAAAUAUCCAUCAUCAUUUACUUACUUUUGGCAAUUAAGACUGAAAGGAUAUGGCAUACCUAGUAUGUAACAUACACUGUGGCGCUUGAAAUGCAAAGGAAUUGAUAAGAAUAAAUUCAAAAACUGAAUAAUGCAUAAUACUAUUUUCAUAGUAACAGUCUAAAUGAUGUCAGCUUGGCACUGGUCUAUUAUGGUAAUACAUUCAGAGUAACAGAGUCUUGCCAAACACAUGCUAAUAUUUUGCAGGUCCAUUUGAAACUUGUAAGUGCUUUGCUAUAUUACUGUAUGGAACAUUACUGUUUCAGGUUUUAAUCUUGAUCAUUGCUCUAAAGUGAACAAUUUUUGUUUUUACUUUACAGUUUUUAAAUCCAUCAUUGGCAGACAUGUAGACAAGGACUCUGUGUGAUGAAUGUACUCAUAAAAUCUAUGACAUGCAUACA